ACGACGACCAGAUCCGACAGAGAUCAGACAGAGAUCCGGCAGAUCAGACCAGCCAAAGCCAGCAGGACCGAGCGGAUCGGAUCGACCGCAGCGAUGGAUACCAUUUUGGAGAGACAGAGACACGCCCACGAGGAGAUCGAGCGCCUCGAGGCCGCCAUGGUCCAGGAGCUCGUCGAGCCCGGCAAGACGCACAAGGAAAAGCUGCAGACCGAGCAUCGGGUCUUGAAGCUCCUAGAGAGAUCGCAGGACAAGAGCGCAGAGCUCCUGAAGCUGUACGAAGACGAGCACGGCCUCGGCAAGGCCGAGCUGCAGGCCAUUGCCGGAUCGAAUGAGUUUGCCGAGUUCUACGAGCGUCUGAAAACCAUCAAGGACUAUCAUCGCAAGUAUCCAAACGAGAUUGUCGAGCCGAUGGAGCUGUCCUUCCGAAACAUCCACAACCCUGAGCAGGAGGACGAAGAGAUGGAAGUUCUGUUCUCAGGAGAGGAAGGCAUGGGCCGAUAUCUGGAUCUCCACCAGCUCUACGACAUCUACAUCAACCUAAAGGGCAUCGAAAAACUCAGCUAUCGCAAGUAUCUGGACAUCUUUGGCGACUUUACGUUCCUGCCAAAGGAAGCCAAGUCGACUCCUACUUAUGCAAGCUAUGUGUCCAAGAUGCAACUGUAUCUGGAGAGCUUUUUCCAGAGAAGUCGCCCGCUUUUCAACCUGCAACAGGUUUAUAAAGACACGAUCACGAGUUUCAACGAGCAGUGGGAUCAGGAUACGGUCUUUGACGGCUGGGAAGGCAUUCUGAAGCAUGAAGAUGACGAGGAAGCCGACGAGUGCUACUGCGUGCCAUGUGCCAAGCAAUUUGCAAAGAAGACCAUCUUCGACGCCCAUUUGACAGGAAAGAAACAUAAAAAAGCCGCCGAGAAGCUUCUGCAGAAUGGUGUGACGGAUGUCAGUCCCGAUGAACGCAAAAAGUCGCGCGAAGAGGCCGCUAAAGCCCGGAAAGAGACGCUGAGGCCCGUGAUUCUAGCCGAAACAGUCGUCAAAGCAUAUGCGCUCGAGCUCCUGCCAUAUAUUGAUGACACCAAAGCCAAUGUCGAGCGCAAACAGUCGCUGACGGAUGAAGAGCGUGCCAGACAAAUGGAUGACGAGGCCGAGGAGGUGGACCAAAGCGAAUCUGAGGACGAGAACGAGGACAAGAUCUACAACCCCCUCAAGCUGCCUUUGGGUUGGGAUGGAAAGCCAAUCCCGUUCUGGUUGUACAAGCUCCAUGGCUUGGGCAUCAAGUACUCUUGCCAGAUCUGCGGCGACUUUGUGUACAUGGGUCGCAAGGCCUUUGACAAGCAUUUUCAGGAAUGGAGGCAUGCUCACGGAAUGCGCUCCUUGGGUAUUCCCAACACCCGUCAGUUCCACGAAAUCACAAACAUUGACGAUGCGAUCGCACUGCACGAACGGCUCAAGAAGCACACCAAAACCCAGGACUUUAAGGCCGAGGCUAUGGAGGAAUUUGAGGACGGAGAAGGCAAUGUACUCAACCGCAAGCUCUUCGAAGAUCUCAAACGCCAGGGCCUGCUGUAGAUGAAAAAUAUCUCCCCAUGAUGGCGGAAGCGGACUUGUCAAGAAACACUGUUGGGCAGCUCGGGAGCGGUGCAGUUCCGGCUAAAUAUAUGGGAACAGUGUUUGAAGAUAAUGCAACAACUCAGCGAAACGGGGUUGCUCGAUUAGAGGCAAACAGUCUCUUGAUUUCUGGAUUUCGAAUACAUUUUAAGUCUUCGAUCGCUCAUGCGAUAAAA